AUGGAGGAGCCCCCGAUUUACUGCAACCUGGAGGAGAUAAAGCGGGUGAGGGGGGAGCCCCCCAAUCCCAGCGGCCCCCCGCUGCAGGUGCUGGACACCUGGGAGCGCCACCUCGACCCCAGCACCAGCCGCAGCUACUUCUACAACCCGGAGACAGGCGACAAGUCUUGGAAACCUCCGCGGCGCCACCGGGAGAUGAGUUUGGUCCCCGUGGAGGCCCUGAGCCCCGAGCCCCCGGCAGCCGCUGACCCGGGGGAGACGCUGGCGCAGGGCGGGGGUAGCGUCCGGGCCACCCGGCUCGGCUACACCAAAUCCAUGAUCUUGCCGGAGUCCCGCGUGCCCAAG